AUUAACUAAAAUAAAUGUGGUACUUGUGGUACAGUAAUGAAUAUCAAUAAAACUGACAAUAAAAUGAACUGCAAAUUGAUGGCCGUAUUGGUAGUGAUGGCAGUGAUGGCGAGUGUUUGGGCCGAUGUGUCGGACGUGUCCGUUGAGGACAUACAGGAGCACCAGUUCUACGCCCAUCUGAACGGCAGUUACUGUUACUCGAGUCCACUGAAGUCGAGCACCGGUAGUGACAACUAUUACAGGACGUGU